AUGAUGCAACAGCCAGGAGGAAUGGCUCCACCGCCCAUGGGAAUGGAUCAUCAUCAGCAGCAGCCUCCACAGCAACAGCCGUACCCACCGCAGCAGUGGAUGAUGAUGCCGCCGCAGCAGCACCAGCCGGCUCAGGCGCAGCCGCCUUCAUUCUGGCCUCAGCAGCACUACGGUGUGUCGCCUGAUAACGCGGCCUCCGCUGGGCAGGCAGGUGGCGGAACGGAUGAGGUUCGAUCUCUGUGGGUUGGGGAUCUUCAGUACUGGAUGGACGAGAAUUACCUCAGCAACUGCUUCUACAACAGCGGAGAGUUUGUAUCUGCUAAGGUAAUUCGUAACAAGCAAACUGGCCAAUCCGAGGGGUAUGGCUUCCUUGAGUUCAGGACUCGUGCUGCUGCUGAAAAUAUACUUCAAACAUAUAAUGGUACAACAAUGCCCAAUUCUGAACAGCCUUUCCGCAUGAACUGGGCCUCUCUAGGUGCUGGAGAUAAGCGCUCAGAUGGCGGGCCCGAGCACACAAUUUUUGUGGGGGAUUUGGCUGGUGAGGUCACAGAUUACAUCUUGCAGGAAACUUUCAGGGCUGUGUACCAAUCUGUCAGGGGUGCAAAAGUUGUUACUGAUAGGAACACUGGACGUUCAAAGGGUUAUGGAUUUGUCAAAUUUGCGGAUGAGAGAGAGCAACAAAGGGCAAUGACUGAGAUGAAUGGUGUGGUCUGUUCAAGUCGGCCGAUGAGAAUUGGCCCUGCAGCUAAUAAAAAGCCUAUGAGUGGCCCAACUCAAACAGCUUCGUAUCAGAAUUCUCAAGGAAAUCAGGGCGAGAGUGAUCCUAAUAAUACAACAAUAUUUGUUGGUGGUCUUGAUCCCAGUGUGACAGAGGACUAUCUGAAACAAGUUUUCGCUCAGUACGGUGAGGUGGUCCAUGUUAAGAUACCAGCAGGCAAGCGUUGUGGGUUCGUUCAGUUUGCUGACAGGUCCUGUGCUGAGCAAGCUUUGUCCAGCUUAAAUGGUACCCCGCUAGGAUCUCAGAGCAUCCGACUCUCGUGGGGUCGCAGUCCUUCAAACAAGCAGUCUCAACCGGAUCAGAACCAGUGGGGCGGUGGAGGGUAUUAUGGUGGAUAUACACAGGGACAGGGGUAUGAAGGGCAGGGUGGGUAUGCUCCACCUCAAGACCCUAACAUGUAUUACGGAGGCUAUUCUGGAUAUGCAAAUUAUCAGCAGCCACCACCACAACAGUGA